AUGGCGGACUCACGAACAAUCCACCAACCAAUCCACCCCUCCGUCCGCUCCAAACUCGACCCGGAGUACGUCGCCCUCCACGACUCCAUCAUCCAGUACAUGGAGCCCUCCGAGGCCAAGCCCUGGGACCCGGCCUCGCGGUCCGCGCCGAACCCGCUCGCGCACACCACGCAGAAGCUCUCGCCCGUCGGCAAGCAGUGGGACGAGGAUAUCCCCGGCGAGGAGAUCCAGGUGCGCGUCUUCGUCCCCGAGGGAAACCAGCCUGAAGGCGGCUGGCCUUGCUUGGUCUGGCUUCACGGCGGCGGGUGGGUGAAUGGGGGGUUGGAUAGCGAGAAUGGCUUCCUGACGCAUACUAUCAAAACAGAUGUAAAGUGCGUCGUCGUCACGAUAAACUACCGCCACGCCCCGGAACACGUUUACCCAGCCGCCGUCGACGACUGCCUCACAGGCCUGAAAUGGCUCUACGACCCCUCCAACGCCUCCCGUCUAGGCAUCAACACAUCCCUCGUCACAAUCGGCGGCCUCUCAGCGUUCGUUACCCCUUCCCCCUCCAUCCCAUCAUCCACAAACCAUAGGCGGCAACCUCGCCGCGGUCCUAACAAUGAACCUCACCCUCUAACCCACCCCCAUCUCCCCGCCCCCCGCUGGUCCGCGACCCGCCACGUCCCCUGGCUGACGCCCACCCGCAUGGGCUGGUACCAAGACCUCUACUUCUCCCGCGGCGAGCAGGACAAGAAGGAGUGGCGGGCGUCCCCGUGCUUCGCGCCGCGCGAGCUGCUGGCCGAGAGUCCCAGGACGUGGCUCGCCGUCGCGGGCGUGGAUCUGUUGACGACGGAGGGGUUGGCGUACGCUCGGCUGUUGAGGGAGAACGGGGUCGAGGUCGAGAGCGCGGUGUAUGAGGGGGCGACGCAUUCUGUGCUUGUGCUUGCUGGGGCUGAUAUCCUGACUUUUUUAUCUUCUAGUGUGCACCAGAUUAGCAGGAAACUCGUCCAUGACGCGUGUGCUGUCUUGGCAAAGGGCUUCGGGACCUCGUACGAUCCCGCGGCGGCUCCUAUUCUUUCCCAAGAGGAUCGUGAAGAUGUUGUCCUAGACUCGUAG